AUGGAGAUGGAUGGGUCAAGCCUUGGGAAAGAAAAAUCUGCCAUAUGCACGGUUUCACCCGUAGAGCAAGGCCUCGUGCUGGACAUCCCAGUCAAGAGAGAUAUGGGAUGGAUGGGCAUACUGGCUGCGGGAUUCAGCAUCAGUAAUAGCUGGCUGGUCUUCCUUGCCACCUUGGUGAUUCCCCUUGUAUACGGGCCGAUGACAACCAUAUGCGGAAUCUUUUCGGUCACAAUUGCAUAUAUCCCCAUCGGCCUGACAAUCGCAGAGUUCAUUUCGGCGUACCCGACAACUGGUGGGCAAUAUCAUUGGACGUCAAUCCUAGCACCCCCGAGCGUCAAGAGAGUAGCGAGUUACAUGACGGGCUUUCUCAGCUGGUGUUCCUGGCUGACCAUCACUGCUAGCACUCAAAGUGCUAUGGCAAUGUGCAUCUUCGCAAUUGUCAUCAAUGCGAAACCGACGACGGUAAUUCACAAGUGGGAAUAUUUUUUGAUAUUUCAAGGGCAGAACAUCACUGCACAUCUUAUCAAUCUCUUAUUCCAGAGGCAUCUCACAAAGCUUUACUUUUUUGGAUUCUUGCUUAGCUUGGUGGCUAUUCCAGUCAUUUCAGUCACGCUUUUAGCUACAUCAACCAAAGCAAGCUCCGAGUUCGUCUGGACUACUGUUGUUGCAGACUAUGGUUGGCCGACAGGUGUCCAAUUCCUCUUCGCUCUGACAGCUCCAGUUCAAGCAUUUUGUGCUGUGGACGGCGCAGUACACCUCGUAGAAGAGGUCAACCAGGCCGGCAAGAUCGUGCCGCGAACAGUCGUCACUUCACUUGUGAUCUCUUUCGCUUCCUUGAUCCUUUUGGCUUGCUCUGUCCUUUAUGCGAUCACAGAUUUGUACGCUGUUCUCGCUACACCAUCAGGAUUUCUCGUGUUCGAGAUCGUAAAGCAAGGUACAGGGUCUGCCGCUGCGGCAAUUGUCUUUACCGUCCUCCUUCUUUUGGCGUUUCCUGUCAGCUUCACUGCCUGUGCUCGAGUUGCAUCUGUCAUGGGAUGCAGUCUCGGGAGAGACAACAUCUUGAUCUACUCGGAGAAGCUCUCCAUGAUCAGCCAGAGGUUCAACGUUCCAGUCUAUGCUCUAUUUGUAGACUGGAUCUUGAUAUCUCUUAUUGGCUUUCUGUAUCUCGCCUCUCCACUCGCCUUCAAUGCCAUCAUCGGCGUCUCAGGGAUUUUCCAACAGCUUACCAUCGCAAUACCGACGUUCUUCCUGAUCUACCGGCUGCGCUCACCCUCAGUUCUACCCAAAGAUCGAUCCUUCCGGCUUCCUUCAUGGCUGGGGUGGACUUGCAACAUUUUCACGGUGGUGUGGGCAGCGGUGACUACCAUCUUCUUCUUGUUUCCAUUUACGGAGCCUAUAGCAGAAGCUACAAUGAGUAAGUAA